UAGCACCCCCCCCCCCCCCACUGCGUUCGCUGCGCGCACGAAACGUCGCGCCGAAAUCUGUAACCGGUUCCUGAGCAUCGAUCCCGAAACCGGUUACCGGUUCAGCGGCUGUGACAUCGAGGCGCGUCACGGGGCGACAUGGCGGACCUGGCGUCUAAGCAGCUGCUGCCCAAGAGCGUGAAGAUCGCGCCAGGUGCUGUUGUCUGUGUGGAAAGCGAGAUCCGAGGACAGGUCACCAUCGGAACAAGGACAGUUAUCCAUCCCAAGGCCAGGAUUAUAGCUGAUGCGGGCCCAAUAAUAAUUGGGGAGAACAACCUGAUCGAAGAACAAGUGGUGAUCAUCAACCGGUUGCCAGACAAGAAUCCGUUGUCAGAGAAAAAUGAAAUGGAACCAGUGACGAUGGUGAUCGGAACCAACAAUGUGUUUGAAGUUGGCUGUCAAAGCGAAGCAUUGAAAAUUGGAGACUAUAAUACUAUCGAAUCAAAAGCCAUGGUCGGGAGGAGCACAGUGCUGAGCAGCGGCUGUGUGGUCGGCGCCUGCUGUAAGGUCAACACGGACGAAGUGAUCCCCGAGAACACGGUGGUCUUCGGCGAGCGCUGCUCGCGCAGAACCCAGUCCGAGAAACCACAGUCUCAGUCCCUGCAGCUGGAUUUUCUCAUGAAGAUUCUUCCUAAUUACCACCACCUCAAGAAGCCAAAAGCAGCGACACCAGCAAAGGCGUGAGACUUGGAUAAUUCCGUGUUCAAACGUGAAGAUUUGCUUGUGGAACUGCUGCUACUGCUGCUGUCGAUAAACAUUUCUACACCGGUGAAUUACCACAAAUGAGAGCAGAGCAUUCCUUUGCCGACGUGUGCGGUGUUGUGUCAGGAGCAGCACGGUUCCUUGAUCACGUGUCAUUCCCUGCGCUUAAUGUCGUUUCAAAUACUAACUGCUGGUGAUUUUUAUUUGUCUACGUUUUAUAACUCGACAGCAUCGCUUCUUAGGGCUCUUGUGAAUUCAUCUGUCAAAUUAAAGUUCUAGCUUAGUUAACGAAGCAAAUAAAAUUGACGUCCAGUAAUAUGCUUUGUUGACCUUGCUCAUCAAAGCAGCACUCACGUUACCAGUUUUGCCGUUGUUUUGUAUUUUUUAUUUCCAUGCUUCCUAUCCAUUAAAAUUAAGCGCUUGUUGAAAUAGAAUAUUGCAGUCACAGUUACAAAAUCAGACAAGAUGAUGGCAGUUUUGCAUGACUCAUAUGCUGGUUUGUUGAUAUGACAAACAUGAACUCCACCAUUGCUAUAUGGCAAUUGGGUACCUUAGUUGAAAUGAAGGUUACAAUGCCUUAUUUAUAAUUUUCUUGCCGAGGGUUAUCCCCAGUUUGAUUAUUUUCUAAAGUAUGUAGGCAGUAAUGGAAGCAGUUAUUGUAAUUCUGCAUGAAUAAAAGAAUCCGUCUCAUGUG